AUGCGUGUUCAUAUUUUGGUUCAUCAACCGUCUCAAACGAUACCUCAGGAUAUCUCAUUCCUUACCGAUGGGAAAGAGAUAGUGUUUAAUUAUGAAGAUUUAUUGACAGAAACACAGGUAAUGCCACCUAAUGUACCUAUUUGUUUCGCCAAUUCGGUUGUUGGUGCUGGAAAUCGAUGUAGCUUAAAUUAUUGUGAAAAAAAUAUUCCAACGGAACAUUACGAACAAUUUCGGAAUGACAUUCUAAAACACUUCAUUCACAAUGGCCAAUGGGAAAAAUAUAUACAAAAAAAACAUGUAGAUCAACGAGAGCUUGCUUGUAUAAAUAGCACAAAAAUAUACACCCCCGAUAACAGCGAUAUAAACAUUGAUAAUAAAACAAAUACACCUAUUAUCGGCGUACUACAACGAUAUCAUAAUCGUUACAUAUUGAAUGCUGAAGAGUUGAUCAACGCAUUAGUGAAACAAAAAUACACAGUCAAGUUCUUUAAUUUUGACGUUGGAUGUUCCCUUCCGACAACCGCAAAACUUUUAGAGGAUGUAGAUAUCCUUAUUGGAUCUCAUGGCAACGGAAUGGGUGAUGGCAUUUUUAUGGCACCAAAAACCACUGUAAUAAGUAUUGAUACUCGGUUCUAUUCUGAACCAUGGUUUACUUAUAUUCACACAGCAUCUGGACGUCGAUUCUACAAUUUCCAAUGUGAAUCUGGCGAUUGUCAAGUGGCAGAUUUCGAAUUGGCAAAACAAUUAUUUGAGAGAUAUGGUGUUGACAUGACGUACCAUGAUCUGUUGGAAUAUAUGGGACCAAAAUAUCCAAGCCGAAUUAUAGACAAAUAUUUUGCUGGAGAUGGACGUUUUUAUAGUGACUACUAUGAAAAGGAUGCAAUAAGACGCGUUGAAGUGGAAAAAUUGGUGAGAUUCGUGAAUGAGAUCCUUGAGGAGUUGCCGUUAGUGAAGAAUAAGUCAUUUGUUGAACUCUGCGAAAUUGGCAAAUGCUGUGGUCCAUGGUGUAAUGAGGCGUUGGAGAGAAAUGUAUUCAAAAAGGGUAAUGCCUGGGGUGGUGAAGAGCGAACAUUAAGUGCUGGUGUAAUUAAUUGGAAGGCAGCAACAUAA